UCAGCUUCUGAAUAUGAGUCGUUUUCCGGAGGAGCCACAUGCAGGAGGAGCCCUAGGGGCGAGCCAGAGCAGCUGAGAACUUGAACCCCGGCUACAGUGCCCGCGCGCCACGGUCACCAUUUUACAGAAGAGAAACCUGAGACCCAGAGAAAUUGAUCUUCCCAGUCAUCACACAGUUGCUUCCCAUGGCGUCUGGAUCCACCAUAAUGGACCCCAUCUGUCUGAUGAAAAACCAGAACAAUCAGCUGAGAGUGAAUCCAAAAGCACUGAAGAUUCUUGACCAGAUAUCUCAGCCUGUGGUGGUGGUGGCCAUUGCAGGGCUGUAUCGGACGGGAAAAUCCUACCUGAUGAACCGCCUGGCAGGACAGAACCAUGGUUUCCGUCUGGGCUCCACGGUCAGGUCUGAAACCAAGGGCAUCUGGAUGUGGUGUAUGCCCCACCCCUCCAAGGAGAGCCACACCCUGGUCCUUCUGGACACUGAGGGCCUGGGUGAUGUGGAGAAGGGUGACUCCAAGAAUGACUCGUGGAUCUUUGUCCUGGCCGUGCUUCUGAGCAGCAGCUUUGUCUACAACAGCAUGAGCACCAUCAGCCACCAGGCCCUGGAGCAGCUGCACUAUGUGACUGAACUAACAGAGCUAAUCAGGACAAAAUCAUCUCCCAGCUCUGGCGAAGUAAAGGACUCAGCCGAUUUUGUGAGUUUCUUUCCAGACUUUGUUUGGACUGUGCGGGAUUUCAUGCUGGAGUUGGAGUUAGAUGGACACCCCAUCACUGAAGACGAGUACCUGGAGAAUGCCUUGAAGUUGAUACCAGGCAAAGAUCCCAAAAUCCAAAAUUCCAACAUGCCCAGAGAGUGCAUCAAGAAGUUUUUUCCAAAAAGAAAGUGCUUUGUCUUUGAUCGGCCUACAAGUGACAAAACAUUAUUACGUCACAUUGAGAAAGUGCCAGAUAACCAACUGGAUGUGAAUUUCCAGAAGCAAUCAAAAAAGUUCUGCUCAUAUAUCUUUACCCAUGCAAGGCCCAAGACCCUAAGAGAAGGAAUCACUGUCACAGGGGGAGGGUUGGGGACUCUGGCAGUGUCCUACAUAGAUGCCAUCAACAGUGGAGGAGUUCCUUGUUUGGAGAACGCAGUGACAACUCUGGCUGAGCGUGAGAACUCAGCAGCUGUGCAGAAGGCAGCUGACCACUACAGCGAGCAGAUGGCCCAGCGACUGAGGCUCCCCACGGACACGCUCCUGGAGCUGCUGGAGGUGCACGCAGCCUGUGAGAGGGAAGCCAUUGCAAUCUUCAUGGAGCACUCCUUCAAGGAUGAAAAUCAGGAAUUCCAGAAGAAGCUGGCGGACAUCAUGAAGAAAAAGAAGGACGUUUUCAUGAUCCAGAAUGAAGAGGCCUCUGUCAAAUAUUGUCAGGCUGAACUUAAGCAGCUUUCAGAAUCCUUGAUGAAAAGUAUUUCAGGAGGAACUUUCUUUGUCCCAGGAGGACACAGUCUUUACUUAGAAGCAAGGAGCAAGUUGGAACAGGACUAUAAACUGGUUCCCAGGAAAGGAGUGAAGGCAAACGAGAUCCUCCAGAGCUUCCUGCAGUCACAGACAGAAGUAGCGGAAGCCAUCCUGCUGGCAGACAAAGCCCUCACUGAUGGGGACAAGGCCAUGGCAGUUGAGUGUGCCAAGAAGGAUGCAGCUGAGAGGGAACAGGAGCUGCUAAGAGAGAAACAGAAUGAAGAGGAGCAAAACAUGGUGGCACAAGAGAAAAGCUUCAAGGAAUACAUGACCCAACUGAAAGAAAAGAUGAAUAGGGAAACAGAAAACUUCCUAAGAGAGCAGGAAAAGAUGCUGGAGCACAAGCUGAAAAUGCAAAAAGAACUACUUAAAGAAGGAUUUGAAAAGGAAGCUGUGGAGUUAAAUAAAGAGAUAGAUCAACUAAAAGGAGACAUUGAAACAACUAAAAAUAAUCAGUCCUUAAAGAUUUCAGAGGCCCUUGAUGUGGCUAGUAUGGCAUUAGUUGCAAUACUUCCUGGGGGCUAUAAAGUACUUGGUAUGGGAGUGAAACUUCUCUCUGAUGUUAUGAAAAAGCCUCAGAAUCCCUGUUAAGUAUAUUUUGAAAGGCUUCUUAGCUUUUACUAUUGUAAUACUGUAGCUUAUGUUUAAAAUAUGUAUGCCAUGAUGGCUUUG